AUGGAGGAGGAUGACGCAGUCCCUCCUGCCGGGGGGAUCGAGGCCCCGGAGGGGUUAAAGGCCCAAGAUUCGGCCCCCGUGGGCCUCCAAGAGGGGGAGAAGGCGUCGGAGGCCGAGCCCAAGGAGGCCCCUCAGUCGGUAGCGCCGGAGGGUCCGGCCGAGCCCACCCCAACGUCCGGGACGGGAGCUGGUGCCCCCGUGGAGGUGUCGCAGGCCGAGGCCAUCAUGGCGCCCCCUGCGCAGUCGGCGGGCGAGGCCGGGGUCCGGCCGUCGGCCCCAGGCGCCGCGGGGGACCCCCAAGGAGCCCCGGGCUCCUAUAAGAAAUCUGCUCCCCGGGCGAGGUAA